AUACAAGGACGACUCUUGGAGCCAAGGACAACGUAUGUGGUCAGUGUGAGAAGCUACACGGCCUGGAGCAACAAGUUCAGUGACAGUAGUAACGAAUGGGAAUUUACAACCCCGAUAUCCUUAGAUACUCCGUUCAUCAUCAUCAACCUCUGUGUAGCUGUAGUCCUCAUCAGUGGUGUUAUAUAUGGCUGUUACAUAAUACUCAGAUCAAAAUGGUGGGACACAGUGCAAAAAUGUCCAAAUCCAAAACUUCUUGAUGUGCAUCCAUCUGAGCAAAAGUUCUUGAAGCCUGUACCGCCCAUCUUCUCCUCUGUCUGUGUUGAGCCUCUCUCAGACGACAGGAGACUGUGGUUUAAACAUCCACUGAGAGACUCCAGUGAUGGGAGCCUUCAACAAAGCAGUGGAAUCGGCUCUGGCUCCUCUUGUCUCUGCGACGCCAACUCAGAACCUGCGGACAUUAUAAGUGAAGUUCAGGAUGCCACCAGGAAAGCCCUCUCUAAGAUCAUCCCCACAUCACCUUUGACCACUGGCCUAAUGACAGACUUUCCCCAAGACAGCAGUUUGCUCUGUGCUCCUCACAACCUUUGUGAUGUCCAAGAUGAGGACAUGAGUCCCGGGUUGUCUGCGUUCCUAAAUAAAACCUUCUCCAUCCCAAUUCCUGGUGACCCUGUUCAGACUGCGACAGACAUCUCUGAGGUCCAGAUUGAAAUGCCCUGUGAGACUGCGUACCGUCCAAGUGAGGGUGCCACUGUGGUCUCUACUUACCAACAGGCAGCACCAUAUCCACCCAUCACUUUGCCUUUCUCUUUGAUACCCACUGACAUUUCCUAUCAGUCGUGCAACACAGAUUCAGGGACAUAUACAUUUCAACACUCCGGCAUAUCCUACGUCUCCAGUGGAACAAACACAACCCCAUCAUGUGAUCCUGUAUGUAGAGUUGAAGCUGCAUGUGAGGGUUUUGAAAAUGGAAAAAUUGAUGCCGAGGCCAUUGUUAGUGAUGAAAAUCCCUGCUCUGUGCCUGCAGAGUCACACACAUAGGCGGUUUUACCAUUAGGCAAAGGUAGGCAAUUACCUGGGGCCUCAUCCAAGGGGGGCCUCAAGAAUUUGCCUAGGUUUUAUUUUCCUUCAAUUGUAGCUCACUUAUGUUUUUGCCACUCCCCAGGUCAAAGAAAAUUAUUCAUUAUUAGCAUUUAGAGCCGUGAGGAACAUCAUAAAAACAACGCACGGCAGAGCGCAGCUGCAGCAUCACCUCUGCUCUCUCAGUGAGUCUUGGCUCCACACCUCUGACUAGUUUCUUGCACAAGGGUCUUAACAAAUGUCAAAGCCAGAGGAUUUUGCCUUGUAGUACCAAAGUUCUUCCCCUGAGUGGGAUUAAAACAGCUGCUCUCAGCAUAACAAAUACUUUCUCUGCGUAAUUGUCCCUCAACCACAAACACAGACAUCGCAUCACACUUUGGUGAGCGACUCAGUUCUAUCUCCAGCCUGAUUUAAUCCUACAUUAAAACAAAUCUGUAAUGCCAGACUAAUUUAACCUAAUUUUAUUUACAUAAGAUCUUAUUUUAUGUCAUCAAGAAUUGAACUUGUGGUCGUAGAUGCUUAAAUUUACACAUGACAUCAUUUAUAAAUCCUGUGGCAUAUUUAACUCCAAAUGGUAGAAAUCCUUCUCAUAACGGGGAAAAUGACUCAAUAACUGAACAUUCAAUCCUAGUCUGGAUGUGUCCUAGGACAAGUGAGGUCGGCAUGUUUGAUCUUGGCGCAGCUCAUCCAUGAUUACGCACGGAGAUGGCCCCGUUCAUGAUGCAUGCAGGGAUGUCAGGGGGAUUCAGAGAGUGGACAUGAAGAAGAACUACUCUAGGGGCUCAGACAUGUGCUUUAACAUCAAGUUUUUACAAGUAGAUGGGUUUGUAUCUACAUAAGCAGUAAUAGCACCGAAGUACAAUGAAUCUCCGCAAGAUCCUUGUCUCUGUCUCCGUCCUCCUUGCCUCCCCAUCUCUCUCUCUCUCUCUCUCUCUCGUCUUCCCGCUGGACUCUGUGCACUGAUCCCAGUCCAAGUAAAAUAAGGGUCAGAUCAGGCAUUGUGGACGACAGGUUGCUGUUUUAAAUCCAUAAACAGUCAUGAUAAAUGUAUAUUUAUAAUGAAUAUUACAGUCUUGUAAAUUCAUCAUCAGUGGGUCAUAAAAAUGUUAAAAUCUGUAAAAAUUGGCCUAUGUUACAAGGGCAGCAUAUUUUUGCCUGACCUGUUUAGAUUACCUGCAGGUAAAUUCUCUUUCAAAAGUAGCUAAUUAACUCUUUAGUGUGCAAACAUGCAGCACCCAUCAAAUAGUAUCUGCACCUAAUAUUGGAACAUUUCUCUUUAUAAACAUUACAGCAGCCUUUACAUCAGCUUUUGUUAUAUUGAUGUUGCUAAAAAAAUUCCCCAGCCAACAGGACGUUUCAUUGGAGCAAAUCCGGCCCCCGACCCAAAAUGAGUUUGACACCCCUGUUUUCCUACAGUAUGAUUCAAUGAAAAAAUUGCUGAAAAUAGAGCCUAUUUUAUUUUUCUCUUAACAUAAUAAAACCCCAUGUAAUACAGCUGAUUUGAUGCAGAAAUACAAAUUAACUGCAUCAGGUUCUUAAUGGAACCUUGGACCAGAUACACUUACUAAGAUAUUGUACCUGAAAACAUGAAACCCUAAGAACAGGAGAGUACAUGAACUUUAGAAAAUGAUGAAGAGAAGCCACAAGUUUGUGCAUUUUUAUUCUCUGUCUAAGGUGGAUGCAGUUUUUCCAGCUUGAUGUAACCAACCAUUCACUAAUACUUAAUCUAACACAUGUUGGUUAUAAUGCAGAUUUUCUUACACUGAAUGGAGUUAAAUGUGUUAUUAGUCAGCACUGCACACUGUACUGCUUCUGUUGAAUCACGUUUAUAUGGCGGUCAUCAAAGAAGUUGAGGUGAGUGAUAUUAGGGGGGCCUCACACUGGUCUUUGCCUGGGGCCUCCAAGUCACUAAAACCACCCCUGGUCACACAGCAUCCCUGCAGUGGACUACGACCAUCAGCCGUUUCAACACCUAGUGGAGCCGAGUGUUUUCAUUUCAGACAUGAAAGGUGGUGAGAACGAGGAACAUUGCAACCAUCCUGAGGACCCUUACAUCAAGACACCUCAAACAGUAUAAAACUCUGAGCUACAGAGACCUCUUCUGGCCCUGAUCUCAGCUGAUCAGUCCAUGCCGAUAAUCACAGACAGCGGCUACCAGUGCUUGUAGAGCUACUAUUUUUUAUGCACUUGCUUUUAGUUGUUUUGAGUUUCUUUGAAUUCAGGGAAUGUAAAAUGUGAGAGGAGGUGGAUAAUGCUGAUUGUUGUGUGACUAAAGUUUCUGUUUCAGCUUACUUUAAAGCAGCAGAGGAGGAGAGAAAAUGAAACUCAAGGUUCUUUUUAGUGCAGUGGAGGCCAUCCUGUGGACCACAUGAACUGUGCGAGUUUGAGUGUGUUUGAUCUUGAAACUGUAUUGCUGCUAUUCUUGACCAGGUCUCCUUUGAAAAAGAGAUCUUUGAUCUCAGUGGGACUAACCUGGUUAAAUAAAGGUUAAAUGAAUAAACACGUGGCUCACUCAGUGCAG